GUGGUGCAGACAGCGGAAGCAGAAAGGAAAUCGUAUUCGUUAUUGUUGUGUGUCAGUGUAGCUAGCGAAUGGAUCCGUGGAUCAAUGUCAACCUGCUGCUUCACCUGCUAAUGCUGUUGCUACUUAGUAAGGACACGUGCCAGAGUCCGCACGCCCGCCGACUGCUGAGGACCCUGCUAGCGGAUUACGAACCGCUGGAGAGACCCGUGGCCAAUGAGUCGGACACGGUGGUCGUGAACUUCGGUCUAACCAUGCAGCAGGUCAUCGAUGUGGAUGAGCGGAACCAAAUUAUCACGACAAAUAUUUGGUUGAACAUGGAUUGGAACGAUGUCAAUCUGAUAUGGAAUCCGGCUGACUAUGGAGGCAUCGAUAACUUACGAUUAGCUCCCGACAUAAUCUGGAGGCCGGAUGUCCUAAUGUAUAAUAGUGCCGACACGAAAUUCGACGGAACGUAUCAUUCUAACAUAGUGCUGAGCUCAGACGGAAACUGCUCUUACAUACCUCCGGGAAUAUUCAAGAGCACAUGCAAGAUCAAUAUCGCCUGGUUUCCGUUCGACGAGCAAAGAUGCAUCAUGAAGUUCGGCUCGUGGACGUACGACGGCUACCGAGUCGACCUCCAACUAUUAAUGGAUCAGGGUGACACCGACUCCUUCAUAGAGAACGGCGAGUGGGAUCUCAUCGAGAUACCUGGUAAGAGAAGUGUCCUCAAGUACGCCUGCUGCCCGGAACCGUAUCCGGACGUGACGUUUACAGUGGUGAUACGCCGACGCGUGCUGUACUACCUGUUUAACCUGCUGAUACCGUGCUUUUUAAUCUCCGGAAUGACGUUACUCGUCUUCGUGCUUCCUCCAGAGUCCGGCGAGAAGCUAACGCUGUGUGUCACCUUAUUGCUUUCGCUGAUGGUAUUUCUGCUACUCGUCGCAGAGACUAUGCCGGCCACGUCCGACGCUGUACCUCUCAUAGGUAAAUAUUUCGCCUGCAUUAUGCUGAUGUGCGCGCUUUCGGUGAUGUUCUCUGUCAUCUCGCUCAAUAUGCAUCAUCGCACACCGGACACGUAUCAGAUGCCAAACUGGAUGAGAAUAGUCUUCUUACGAUGGCUGCCGAAAUUACUGCGCAUGCGCUCGCCGGCGGGCACGGAGAAGAAUCUACAGCGCAACGUCGUCAACUCGAAAUUGAAAGAGAUUGAGUUGAAGGAGCGCUGCUCCCGCAGCCUGCUCGCCAACGUGCUCGACUGCGACGACGACUUCCACGCUGGUAACAGCAUGUCAAUGUUCGCCAACAAGAACGGAUCCGCCUGCGACGACGGCCACGUGGCGCAGACGUCGCCGCACGGGGGCGCUCCGAGCGAGCUGUCGCUAAUCCUGAAGGAGCUGCGUACGAUCACGCGCUUCAUGCAGCGCGACGACGACGAGCGACAUAUGAACAACGAGUGGCACUUCCUCGCGAUGGUCGUCGAUAGACUGUGUCUGUACGUCUUCAGUAUUUACACGCUCGUCGCCAUCAUCACCGUCCUCGUCCGUGCGCCGAAUCUGCUUUAGUCUGGCGUCACGUUGCCAUGAAGAUCACCGCAAUUUACAUGCGCUCCCCUCAAGAUCGCUCCCCCCUCCCCCGACUUCUCCGGUGUCGAUGCUUGCGAUUGAUUCCGAUAGAUGGCGCCUAGUGCACGUGUCCGCGACUGCCUUCUUGGUUUAGAAACAGAAGAUGAGGAAGGCUAAACUGCAUGCAGCGCCCCUUUCCUACACUCAAGAUACCAUGAUAGAUAAUAAUGAUGAUGAUGAUGAUGAUAGAUUAAGCCCAUGAGCGAGAGCGCCAUCUGUCGUGGAGUUUGGAUAAAGGCGCCUGUAUAGCUGUGGAGCACUCGACGCUAUGGCUGGAUGCCUCGGGGGCAAGAGACGUAGACUGUCUGACUGAAGCGAACAGACGCAAAUCAAAGCAAUUAGUUAAAGAAUUUGUUUGCAUCGCCUCUGGCUUCAGUUCAUUAAAAAUUCGCGUCGCAUUUCAGCAGUUUGAAACUUGGUCGACCGACGGCGUGGAUUUACAGUGCGCCAAGGAUCUGAACUAUAGACUAGCCCAAGCAUCGGUGGGAACAGAUCUACGUCACGGUUAGGCUGCAUCCAAUAUAAAAACUUGCUCAAGAUAUUUGACAAACGUGCCAGGCUGUUGUUUUGAAUUAUUUCUACAAAUCAUUAUAUUUGUAAUAAUAUAAUGAUGUAUAAACUUAAAUCUAUAUAUGUACCAUACUGAUUAGGUAAGAUCAAAUAUUUAAUUAACAGUAUCAUGUCAAGAAUGUACUGUGUUACUCUUGGACAUUAAUAUUAUGGCUUUCAUAGUCUGUUUACCAAUAAGUACUACAGUCGAGUUAGAAAUCGGCUCAUGUAUGUAAUACACGUAGCGUAUAUAACUCAUCAGCUAAACAUUCUUCUCUUUUCCAGUAGUUCAAGAUCAAGUUAAUUAACCUGAUUUUAAAUUCCAAUUAGAUUUUAGUAAUGAGAACAAGCAUUUCCACUGUUUUUACGAUGGCGCAAGUCACCCUUAAGGACAUACCGCAUAUUGAUAUAGACGCACUUAAGGGAACUGUUGAUCGAAAUUCCAGAUAACCCCGGAAAUCGAUAAAAACGUAAAUCUUCGUCAGAUUUUGCAGUGAAAAGGAAUAUUAACAUUGGGCUCUGUGAGUAAUCGGAAAACGUGACUUAUAACAGCGGUCUACCUUCAGCGUGAAUAAAAAACCGUACCGAGCGCCGGCACAUACGUUUCAUUAAGGCCGAAACUUAAAUAUGGUAUCAUUAAAAUUCCACACGAUCUGAUCAUUUUACGCUGCAUUUGAUCAUGUUGUCACGGCAUUAGACAAAGUGCAAUGCUUGUCAUAGCACUAGCAAUGGUUUCGUAGAUAUCUAAGAGGUUUGAUUAGCCAAUUUUGCAUUCGUGUGACAUGUUGCCUUGAAAAUAAUCUUGGACUUACAUAUAUAAUUAUAUAAAAGUAUAUAUUAUUUA